GCGACGGUGCAGCCGCCUUCCCGCGCCUAGCCCACACGCUGCGCAGCGUUGGCGGGAGGAGGGGUUGGGCCGCAAUAGAACGCCGCAAACUGCUCAGCCUGGAACCGUUAUUUCACUACGCGAGCGGGGAGAUGGGGAACGGCGAAGCCGAUCAGGGACCUAAGCUCUCUCUCUACCGUCUCCACCUACAACGCUCACUUGGGCGCCUUUUGGCCCGCCAACGGGUACAGUUUUCAGCGCAUGCGCAGCAUCUUGCCGCAGUAGUAUCUUCGUGACGCAGCUUCCUCACCAAAAUGAAACAGUUUGAGAAACACUUAAACAUAUAUGACUCAGAAAGUUUAGGUUUCCUACGGAAGAAGAAAGCCAUUGAUACAGACACCCUGUUCCUUGAAGGAAGCACAAUGAGCUUUCACCACAUCAACUACCACACGAAAAUGAAGACUGGCUACUUUGGCUUUCGAAAACAUGUUCAAAAACAAAUUUUGUUAGAUGUCAGUGGUAUCAUGAAACCUGGUCUCAAUGCAAUUUUAGGACCCACGGGUUCUGGCAAAUCUUCGCUGUUGGACAUUUUAGCUACAAGGAAAAAUCCUAAAGGCCUGUCAGGAGACAUUUUGAUCAAUGGUUUUCCUUUGCCUCCAAAUUUUAAAUGUAUUUCCGGAUAUGUAGUACAGGAUGAUGUAGUGAUGGGAACCCUGACAGUCAGAGAAAAUUUAGAGUUCUCAGCAGCCCUUCGGCUACCUUUGUCUAUGAGCAUAAAGGAAAAGGAUGAGAGAGUUAAUACAGUCAUCAAGGAAUUGGACUUGUCUAAAGUUGCAGACUCCAAGGUUGGCACCUAUUUUAUCCGUGGAGUUUCUGGGGGAGAGCGAAAAAGGACCUGCAUUGGACUAGAGCUCAUUACGCACCCCACAGUAUUAUUCUUAGAUGAACCAACAACUGGAUUGGAUGCCAGCACAGCCAAUGCCGUCCUGCUGCUCUUAAAAAAGAUGUCAGAACAAGGAAGAACAAUAAUUUUCUCAAUCCAUCAGCCCCGGUACUCUAUUUACAAGCUGUUUGACAGCCUGACGCUACUUGCAGCUGGAAGACUUCUGUAUCAUGGCCCAUGUGAAAAUGCUCUUCCGUACUUCAAGACUCUUGGUUAUGUGUGCGAACCAUAUAACAACCCCGCUGAUUUUUUUUUGGACGUCAUUAAUGGAGAUUCAACUGCUGUCGGAAUGAGUAAACUUACCGUUCUUACGGAAACAGUUGAUGAGACUGGCAAAGAGUAUGAGUCCAUUGCAGCAGGAUUAGCUGAACGCUUUUCCAGAUAUGGAAACUACAAAGCACUGAGAGCAGAGCUUGAUGCAAUGUCUUCAGAUGAUACAAAAAAGGCAACAAUUUAUAAAGAAAUUCCAUACUCCACUCCCUUUUUUCAUCAGCUCAAAUGGGCGUCCAAACGCACGUUCAAAAAUUUGAUAGGCAAUCCACAAAAUUCCACAGCUCAGAUAUGUAUUGCCACUUUUAUGGGAAUAAUCUUAGGAGCUGUUUUCGCUGGAGUUAAAAACGAUGCCACUGGCAUUCAGAAUAGAGUUGGCGCUUUGUUCUUCCUGACGACCAAUCAGGUCUUGAAUAGUAUUACGACUGUUGAACUUUUUAUCACAGAAAAAAGGAUAUUUAUACAUGAAUAUAUAAGUGGCUACUAUAGAGUGUCUGCAUAUUUCUUCUCAAAGAUAAUAGCAGAUAUGGUGCCCAUGAGGACUUUACCAGGCAUCAUCCUCACCUCUUUAAAUUAUUUCACAAUAGGUUUCAAGCCAACUGUAGCAGCCUUCUUUAUCAUGAUGAUUACUGUUAUAUUAGUUGCCUACACAGCCAGUUCUAUGGCUCUGGCAGUAGCAACAGGACAAGAUGUCACAUCAGUUGCAAAUCUCCUCAUAAAUAUUUGCUUUGUUUUUAUGAUUGUUUUCUCUGGCUUGUUGGUAAAUCUAACAACCAUUUCACCUUGGUUGCUGUGGCUCAAGUACUUCAGUAUCCCUCGCUAUGGCCUGAAUGCUUUGCAAAUCAAUGAAUUUAUUGGGCUCAAGUUUUGCAAGGAAGACACUAGAGAGGUCAACAUAACAUGCAUCGCCCCUAGUCCAUUUAGAAUAUGCACUGGAGAACAAUAUCUGAAGAUUCAAGGCAUCAACUUCACUUUUUGGGGCAUGCUCAAGAAUUACGUGGCACUUACAUGCAUGACAAUCAUUUUCCUCACAAUUGCAUACCUGAAAUUGAGAUUUCUAAAAAAAUAUACUUAAGUGAGUAGAGCAAACACCCCUACUCAACACUACCUUGGACUUUUAUGGUAGGCAUGUAAUGUGUGUAAAUUAUACAGCCGAUUGAUCCAUGAUCAUUUCUCUCUCUUUUUUAAUUGCAGUGUGUUUUCCUCAAAGCUACUAUAUUCAAGCCAAGGACCAAACUAGACAUUACAUUGUUCACAUCUUUAGCCCUCAAUUGGUUAUUUUUUUUAAAAAGCCAGCACUAGGGGGAGUUUGAGCCAAACUAGGCCUGUGGCAUGGGGCUAUAACCUGUUGCCCCACUACAGUCCCAACUGAAAUAGGUUUCCCUCAUGCCUGCCAUUUGCAAUGGGAGUAAAAUGAUCGGUUAUGUCAAUUGGAACUUUCCUCCGAUUAGUGAAUACUGAGGGCUCUGACUGGGACCACAGGUAUGACAAAGCCCCCUCCUCAAUGGUCCUUAUCUGGCUUGUGCCCUCCCUCACCAGUGCCAGCUACAUAUAACAAUAAAUAAAUUGUCUACAAUGUCAGGUCUCAUUUGCACUUGUCCUUCCAAACAAGGACCACAGCUUGAGGUGGUCAAUGUGACUCAGUCAUAUGAUGUGAGACCAGAGGUGGGAGCUCACAUGGCGGGAUAUAGUUUUAAUUUGUUAUGUAGAAAAACAUUUGCUUUAGUUCAAGAUCCAUGAAUUAAGUUGAACUUCAAAAACAGGGUCAAGAAACUAUCUGUUCUCACAUCCCACAAAAGGCCUGUGGCCCUAAAUUGAAGCAAAGCCCAUUUCCCUAUGUCCAAUACUACAUACAAACUACUGUAAACCAUACAAAAUCUUUAUUAGAUGAGGAGGUGAUUACUAUUAACCCAAUACAUCAUUGAUCACUAUGGAAGACUUGUAUAAUUAAUUAACAGCUUUCUAAAACAUCUUUGCUAUGAUGCAUUAUCUUAAAAACUGGGUGGUAAUUCAAAAACAUACACCUUUACAUUGUGAAAAAUAAAAAGGAUACAA